AUGGAACAAAUUGAUCCUUAUAUAUAUAUGAGCGGGUUCGGAAACCAUUUCAGCACCGAAGCAUUAACUGAUGCCUUACCAAAAAGUCAAAAUAAUCCACAGAAAUGUCCUUAUGGUUUAUAUGCAGAACAAUUAUCAGGGACAGCAUUCACAGUUGAUAGAAGUCACAACCAACGAAGUUGGCUUUACCGUAUAAGACCUUCAGUAUGCCAUCAACCAUUCACUAAGCUUGAUCCAAAAACUUAUAAUAUUAAAGGCGAUUUUUACAAAGAUGAAAUUGAGUAUAUUCCAAAUCAAAUUCGUUGGAAACCUUUCAAUGAUAAUAAUGUCCAAUCUUCAAAAGAAAAAAUCAAUUUUGUUUAUGGUCUAAAUACUUUGGCUGGUUCUGGUAAUCCUACCACUAAAAAUGGGUUGGCAAUACAUAUUUAUAAUGCUAAUACAAAUAUGGACAAUGAUGCCUUUUAUAAUAGUGAUGGGGACUUUUUAAUUGUUCCUCAACGUGGUAAACUUGAUAUUAAAACAGAAUUUGGUCUUAUAAUGGUUUCAACUCAGGAAAUUGUUGUAAUUCCACGUGGUAUUAAAUUUUCUGUGAAUUUACCUGAUGGUCCUAGUCGUGGAUAUAUUCUUGAAGUAUUUGGAAAUCAUUUUGAAUUACCGGAUUUGGGUCCAAUAGGCGCAAAUGGUUUGGCAAGUCCACGUGAUUUUUUAACCCCUGUUGCAAAAUUUGAAGAUUUGGAAUGUGAUUAUAACAUAUUAAACAAAUAUGCAGGACAGUUAUUUCUUGCUAAACAAAAUCAUUCGCCAUUUGAUGUAGUGGCAUGGCAUGGAAAUUAUGUUCCUUAUAAAUAUGAUCUUAAAAAAUUUGCUACUAUAAAUUCUGUUUCUUUUGAUCACAUGGAUCCAUCUAUAUUUACAGUAUUAACUUCAAAAUCUGCUUAUCCUGGAACUGCAAUUGCUGAUUUUGUUAUUUUUCCUCCUAGAUGGGCUGUACAAGAACAUACUUUUAGGCCUCCAUAUUUUCAUCGAAAUUGUAUGUCAGAAUUUAUGGGAUUGAUUGUUGGUAGCUAUGAAGCAAAGACUGAUUUUCUUCCUGGUGGUGGAAGUCAGAUGACUCCACAUGGUCCUGACGCGACUACAUUUAAAAAUGCAAUCAAUGCAGAUCUUAAACCUGCUCGUGUUGCCGAUGCCUUUAUGUUUGAAUCUUCUUUAAUGCUAGGUAUAACUCCAUGGGGUUUAUCUUCUGAACAAGAUGAAGAUUAUAUGGAUGCAUGGCGAGGAUUGGAAAAAAAUUUCACUAGAUAA